AUGGCGGUGGGAUCGCGGGGACGGCCUCGCCCUGCUAGCAACGGUCGGCUGUCAGGCGCCGUACUCGUGCUCAUGAGCUGCCUCGCCACGCUCUACACCGGCGGAAGGCUAUGGCGAGACGUGCAGGUGCAGAAGAAGCUGCUGCAGGAGGCAAAGGGCAUGGGAGCUGGAGGCCAGUCGAAACAAGAUAAGAGCGCCAAGCCUCUCUCAGUUGAAGACAGCAUACUCACACUCAAGCUCAGGGAACUGGAGAAGCGCCACGCCAUGCUGCAGGUCCAGAUGGCGGAGGCCAAGACACGUGGCUUCAUCUCAGCCGUCGGAUCUGCCAGCCCAGACACCUCUGCAGGCGGGGGAGUGGACGCAGCCGGGCAUGCAGGGGCGGUGGCAGGGGGGGAAGGGGCGGCAGGAGGGGGAGGCGCGGGGGGAGCAGGAGGCGGGGGGAAUGGAGCGGGGGGGAGGGAGCGGUUGCUGGUGGCAGUGCUGGUGAGCACUGCGUUUGGGAACAGGCUGAGGCGCGAGGCCAUUCGCAGCACCUGGAUGCCCACUGGAGCGGCUCUGAAGAAGCUACAAGAUGAGAUGGGUGUGGUGCUGCGAUUUGCAGUGGGCCACAGUUUGAACCGCGGUGACUCGUUAGAUCGAGCAAUGCUGGAGGAGAGAGACAAGUACAACGAUAUUGUGGUCAUGGACGAGUACGAGGAGGUGGAGAAGAGCGGGGGGCGCAAGGUGAAGCACCUGUUUGAGUAUGCUGUGCGGCACUGGGACGCGGAUUUCUAUUUCAAAGUCAACGACGACGUCUAUCUGAGCACCAUGCAGCUGGUGUCAUUCCUACAGCGCCUCAAGGACCGCUCAGGGCUGUACAUGGGAUGCUUCAAGUCUGGUGUUGUGGUCACGGAGCCCAAUCAGCAGUGGUUUGAGCCAGAGUGGGCACGGUUUGGUGAUGGCAAACAGUACUUCCAGCAUGCAGCAGCACCGGUCUAUGGACUCUCACGUGACCUCGCCCUUUUCCUUGCCUUCAAUGGGCCACUACUGCAUGAGUAUGCGAACGAGGACAUAUCAGUAGGGUCGUGGAUGCUGGGUCUCACUGCCACCCACCACAACGACCACCGCCUCUGCUGUGCCAGCCCUCCCGAAGAGGACUGUGGACGGAGGAGAGAGGAGAACAAGGGAUGUGUGGCAGUGUCUGAUUGGCGCUGUGGCGGGCUGUGCGAGGCUGUAAAGAGGAUGAAUGAGGUGCACCACCAGUGUGCCUGA